AUGACUGCUGUGGCCGGCGAGCACGGAUGGGGGCUUAUUCACGGCACGGCCAGUGAGGCGCUGCUCAUGACACUGAUGGCCGCCAAGCGGAGAGUGCUGGACCGCGUGGUGGGGCAGGGCGGCAGCGUGGCUGCAGCGACAGCAGCAGGUAGAGGAGUACAAGAGCACAGACGAUGGAGUGGUGUAGAGGACAUAGCAAUGCAGCGCCAGGUGCCGCCCAAGGGCAACGUGCGCGUGCUGCCCACCACCGCUGCACUGGCGUAUGCCCUGACUGCUCUCCAGCUGUUGGAUGCGGUGCAGAGGGAUGAGGCAACCGGCCUCAUUCCCUUCUUCCUCGUCCCCAUAGUAAGUCUGAUGGCUCCGCACCCCUUCGCCCUCGUCUGCUUCCGCCUCAAGCCUCCCUCUGCUCGCACACAGAGUGAGGUGGCGUGCACAGGGGUGGGCGACGGGAGAGUGGGCGACGAGGUGUCGGUGAGCGAGGGCAGCGCGGAUGUAGGGAGGGAGGUGAAUGCGGCGCCACUGGAGGUGAUCAACAGCAGCGCGCAGGCGCAUCUCUCUCACACAGAUAGUGCUGAGCUCCUUGCUGCUUGGCUCCUCCAUUCCUCAACUGUAUCUCACUCGCACACUAACUCUUGA